UAUAAAUAAGACAAUAUGCUCCGAAAGCUUUAGCAUUCAAUUUGAAUUCAUUCAACUCUCUGUUCGAUAAUCAUCUUCAACAUGUUCACUUUAGUGCGCUUUUUUCUGCUUUGUGCGUUCGGUCAGACGUUGAUAUUUGCUGAUGAACCAUCAAGUUCUUUUAAUCGUUUCAAUUUUUCUGGUUACAAUGAGGAUUACGAAAAUAAUCAUCGCAACAUUUAUAUCACUGAGAGCCCACAAAAUGGUUACUAUCCUCGCACUUACGACAGCUAUAACAAUCCCAAUUAUUUAACUGACUUCAAAAACUCGAAUAAUUAUUACCAGGAAAAUUCUUUUCCAAGCGAAAACUAUCAUCAGAACUAUAAUUAUGUCCCAUCGACGGAACUCGAACCACCAAAACGAAACUAUUUUGCAUUUACAACUGGCUGGUCAUCACGACGUUCGAAUUCAUAUUUGCCUCCUCGAGAAAUUCCUAGUGAUUCUUCAUCAUCGAAACGCACUCUCCAAUCAAAUGACUAUUCAUCGCCUCAAGUAAUAUCAGGAGCUUAUUUAUCCUCGAAUCCUAAUCGCCAAACAUUUUAUACGGAAUCGAAUUAUCGCCCUUUCUUUACUACUACAUCAUCAGUUAACGCGAAGCCCGAUCACUUAUCUCCUUCAACCGUUACUACACGCCCACUUUAUUUGCGAUCGUCAACUAUUAAAUCGAAUGAAUACGCUUCACACCCAUCGGUGGACCUGUUCAAGCCAAUUCAUCUGACUGCUACGCCCUCAACGAAGAUCGAACUAGAAGACAGUUAUGUGCCUCCGAAAUUAAGGAAUUUGCGUAUUCUUGAUCAAAACAGGCAAUAUUUGCCUCCUUCAACGCCACGGUCUGUUUACGGACUACCAACGUCAACAGCCAGUAUUAAUAUACCAUUGCCUUUGUAUAGUGCGCCUUUAAGUAACCAAAGAAAAGAUACAGAAACAUUUCGAGACGAUGGUUAUCAUUACGAUGCACCAUCGCGGACAUUUGACUCUUAAAAUUGCUUACCUUUCCUUGGCUGAUCCGAUAUGUUUUUUAAUUCUUUUAAAGUUUUCAUUCUAGUUUUUAAUCACUUAGGUAUCGUAGUUCUUUUAAAAUAUACACUCAUCCCUUAUCAGUCGGAUUAACGGAAUCAAAUUUAGAUAUGUCCGUCAAUUUGCCUGUUUAUCGAAAUCACGAUUACAUUUGGAAUAUAAUAUUCUGAACUUGACAAAACCGAUUCCCAAUCUAUAAUAUCCGUUCCCAAAUUCUAUCGGUGUAACAAUAGUCUAUUAUUAUAAUAUAUAUGUUGUACUUGUUUGUAUAUAUAAUUUGCUUCAAGGAUUUUCUUCUCUAAUCUUGUGGUGUACAUAAUUAAUUUUCCUCUUGUGGAGUUUUUAUACGCAGCACGAAAGAAGCUUGCAAUAUUCAGAAGAAAGCUUCAAGGACUCUAUACAACAGAAAUAUUCUUG